AUGAUGAAUCAAGUGGCUCAGUAUGCUCAGUCCCAGGAAGAAGGCCAGCACCAGAAGAAUAGACUCAGUGAUGUGGGGUCCAUACAAGUACCGCUGUUACGUCCAUCGUGGAUGCACCCUACUUGUGAAUACUACAAGUUUGGACAUGACCCUACCAUGUCAGCACUGGAGAACACAGGUGAUGGCGCAGCUGGCAGGAAGGAAUUGAAUCUCAAAGACACGUCGUCUCCGCUUUCCAUCCUCAUGUCGGGAAUCGAUGACGGGCGCCAUGUUAUGGCGACCAUGAUGCACCUGAGGGAGAAGUACGAAGGUCUCGUCGACCAGGAAGGUGCCAGAGCGUUCCUGGUUUGUAACGACAUCAACCGAGCCACCAUGGCACGUUUUGUUGUGGUGAUGGUUAUUCUCUCCAAGGUUGGACACAUGGCGAAGUUGAUGGCUGAACUCAGAGCUAACGUGGAGGCAUCCAGGUGGAGGCCUACCCAUGGUUGCGAUGUUGCGAUGUUGCGAUGUUCAUCUGACAAUGAUUUCGAACUCAUUUGUCCAAUCUUAUCCUAUUGGAUCUGUCAAGCUUCGCCCGAUUGCGAUGACGGAAAGGAUUGCGACCACCCUUCCAAUUGGAUGGACGUUCCUUCGGUUGCCAAAUGUUUGGAGCAGUGUGAGAUCUCGCGCUUGGACGAAUCUCUUGCUGCGGAGACCUUUGCUUCCAUGCCGAAAAAGAAUAGAGACUAUGUGCAGCACGCACGAGAGUCUUAUGACACCAGCACAAAAGCUGCAGCAAUUGAGCAUUUCAAGAACCUUGACAACUUAUCUCCAGAAAUGAAGCAGCAGUUGAAGCAAAUGUUUCCUCGAGCUUCGACUGAAACCCAAGCAUUGGAACAAUUCGUCCAGUUCAUGGAGGAAACCCCAGGCCAAGAAGAGAAUGGAGAAUCGCACUUUCUCAAGGUUCGAAGCAUGUUUGUCAAAGUCUAUGAAUUUUCAGAGAAGAUUGACUUCCUUCGAGCUGCGGAAGGAGCUGCAGCCGGGAGAGACAUCAAUGAAACCCUAACGGCAGCCCUCAAACAAGUUCAGAAAGAUUUCUCCAAGCAUGCAAAGGCGGCCCGGGGUGUGAUUGAGACGACAUGGAUCACAAACCCUUGCAUGUUUGAUCCUCUUGAGAUUUCGUUUGGCAAAGCACCACCCUGCAGCUUCUCGCCCGUCACAGACUUUGUGGAACACUUCAACUGCACUGACUUCUGCAAAGAGCCAAUCGACGUCCCCAUGGGUCACAAACUGCUUGCAAGGGAAACAGCAACUUCGGCUGCCACCGCGACACAAUUUGCUGACUAUACCAAGUGCUUCUUUUGGACUACUGCUAAUGCUCUCGUAGUGUUGGUGACAGAAGGUGUCCUUUCGUUGACUUGGAACGUGGGAGAUGCUGGGUCAGCCUUCCAAACAAGUGGCAAGCCCACACAGAAGUUUCACCGAAUCUUGGCAAGCAACAUCCCGGACUAUACACAGGGAUGA